AUGCGCCCAGUUUCGCGCACGUGCCCCAAAAACGUGAGGCUUCUGUGCCCGAAGCGGAUCCUGGCCAGGGCACCGGGCCCAGUGGCACUUCGGGGACACCAGGAGCCCGUCCGCUGCUGGCGGCAGCUGGGAGAUGGGUGCCGGCCGGUGGCAUCUGUGGGUGGCACCUGCGACGAGUGGCUCUGGGGACACUGGCACGUCCCCUCGAGGGAGCACAUCCGGCAUCACCAGGAGAUCCACGUGGUGAUGGGCAACGAGGCCUGUGACCUGGACUCCACCGUCUCGGCCCUGGCCCUGGCUUAUUUCCUGGCAAAGACCUCCCCGGCUCCCAGAGCCGCCUUCAUCCCGGUGCUGAACAUCCCUCGUGCCGACUUCGCCCUCCGGACGGAGACGACCUUCCUGCUGCGGGAGCAGGGCAUCCCCGCCGCCGCCCUCAUCUUUCGGGACGAGAUCGACCUGGGGGGGCUGCACCGCGCCGGGCUGCUCUCCCUGACGCUGGUCGAUCACCACGUCCUGCCUGGCGCCGACGCGGCCCUGGAAGAGGCCGUGGUGGAGGUCCUGGAUCACCGGCCGUUGGAACGGGACCGAGCUCCCGGCUGCCAGGUGACAGCAGAGCCGGUGGGCUCCUGCGCCACGCUGGUGACGGAACGGAUCGCCCAGGGUCCCCCGGGCGUGCUGGACAGAGCCACGGCCGCGCUGCUGCACGGCACCAUCCUCCUGGACUGUGUCAACCUGAGCCCGGCGGCCGGCAAGGUGACACCCAGGGACGUGGCGUGCAUCUCCCUGCUCGAGGCGAGGUUCCCCGAGCUGCCGGCCCGCGACGCCGUCUUUGAAGCCCUGCAAGCGGCCAAGUUUGACGUCUCAGGGCUGACAACGGAGCAGAUGCUGCGGAAGGACCUCAAAGUCCUCUCCGGCGAUGGGCUGCUCCUCGCUGUCAGCGCCAUCUACGUGGACCUGGAGACCUUCCUGCGCCGGCCCGGCUUGCUGCAGGACCUGGAUGCUUUCUGCCAAGCUCGGGGCUACGCGGGGCUGGUGGCCAUGAUGAUCUCUUUUAACGAGCGCAAUGAGCCCUCCCGGCAGCUCGCGGUCUACAGCCGGCGCGAGACCCUCCGGAGCACGGUGUGCCAGGCGCUGGAGGAGGCGACGGCGCCGUCCCUGCACCUCCAGUCCCUCCCGAGCCCCUGGUCCUGCGUGGGCGCCUACGCCCAGGGCAACGCUUUGGCAUCGCGGAAGAAGGUGCUGCCCAUCCUGCGGGCAGCCCUGGGGGUGCCGGGCGCUGCCGGGGGGCCGGAGGAGGAGGUGGUCCCGCCGCCCACCCCGAUGAACAGCCUGGUGGAGGAAUGCCCGCUGGCACAGGCCGUGCCCCCCCUCUGCCCCCAGGAUGUCCUGGAGCGGGUCAGCCGCAUCGCCGCCGGGCAGCCCCCCGGCUCCCCAAAAUAA